UACAUAUACACAUGUAUAUACAUACAAACACAUGCAUAUAUACAUACACAUAUACGUAUAUAUGCACAUACAUACAUACAUACAUACAUACAUACAUACAUACAUACAUAUAUACAUACAUACAUACAUGCAUACAUACAUAUACACACACAUACACACAUAAACAUAUACAUACACAUAUACACACAUACAUAUAUAUACACAUACACACAUACAUGUACAUACAUGUACAUACAUACAUAUACAUACACAUACACAUACACAUACGUACAUAUACAUACACAUGCAUUCAUACAUACAUAUACAUACACAUGAUAAUACAUAUACAUACACAUAUACAUACAUAUAGGCAUACAUACAUGCAUACAGAUACAUACAUACACAUAAAUACAUAUAUUACAUCGGUCUCCGCUUAAUUUCAAUCUCAUCUA